AUGGGAUCAUUACUCAACACACACGCAAAAAAAGAACUAUCGCUAGCAGUUUUACCACCAACUCCAUCAUCACUGCGUCAACAUGCAUACCGUGUAUUUUAUCAAAUUCAAGAAUGGUUGGGUAAUGAGUUGAAUCCAGAGGAAUGGGGGUGGAAAAAGACAACCACUAUGAUGCUUCCUAUCACCAAUACUGAUGAUCCAGCUCCAAAGGACUUGUUAAAUCUGAUUAGCUGUGGGUGCACAGGUGACUGUACCACAGCUCGGUGCACGUGCAAAAAAACUGGAUUACGUUGUACUCAAUUAUGCAAAAAUUGUAAUGAUAACAGCUGUCAUAAUAUUACAUUAAAAGUUGGGAUUGAACGAGAUGAAAAUUAUGAUGAUAAUGAUGAUGUAAAUGAUCAGGAUAUGGAUCCAGAUGUAGCUGAGCGAACAUACGAAUUUGAACAUUCAGACAAUAGUUCUGAUGAAAAUGAAGACUUAUAUAAUCAAGAGGAAGAGAUUAAUUUUAUUAAUUUCUAAAAGAAUUAUA